UUUAAAGUGACUGCCAAUGACUUGGGUACCCCAACUUCUCUGCCUGCAAGUGUCCCAGCCACUGUUGUGGUUAAUGUCAAUAGGAAUCUUAACCCACCUGUCAUCACCAACACCCAGUUCACACAUGAAAUCUUCCAGAACCUGUCCACCAAUGGGCAGGUGUUUGACGUGGAGGCAACAGACCAAGAUACAGUGGCACCAUUCAACACUUUGACAUUUGACCUGCUAGGUGAUGAUAAUGCUCCAGUGUUUUUUGAUAUAGAUGCAUCUUCUGGUGUUGUCACAUUGAAAAACUCACUGCAGUUAUUGCCCACCACGGAAUACCAGCUCCGUGUGCGAGUACGGGAUGGUGGCAACCCCAGGAAGGAGGAUGUGAAAGUUUUCACUGUGACAAUUAAGCGUAACUUUCAUCAACCUACCUUUAAUACAAUAGCCUAUGCCCAAGUCAUCCCGGAGAAUCUGGCUGUCGAUAGUUCAGUCAUCAAUAUCCAAGCUUUCGACUCAGACUUUGCUGCUCCCUACAACACUUUGAGGUACUACUUUACUACCUCACCCUCGCGCUUUCUUCUCAACCCAGAGACCGGAUUAGUUACAGUGAGACGGUCCCUCCUCGGCGAGACACAGGUCACCUUUCUGUUCUUCGUUUAUGCCGAAGACAUGGCAGAACCUCCGUUGAGGUCCAUCAACAUUCCACUUAAUAUUACCAUUGUCAGGAAUGAUCAUUCACCUGUUUUCACCAACUUACCUAACUCUCUCCGCUUGGAUGCUGAUAACAACAUACCUGACACCAUCUUUACAGCUAUUGCCACAGAUGCUGAUACCAUUCCCCCAUUCAACACGAUAACUUACAGCAUCAUCGGAGAUGACAGGGCCGAAAACCUGUUUAUUGUUGAUUCAACAGGAGGUCAGGUCAUUCUGACAGGUGACCUGUCCACUUUCCCAGAAGAAUAUCUAAAGAUUCGUUUAGUGGCAAGUGAUGGCGGCUCUCCUUCCAAGACAGACACUAACAUCCUAUACGUAAAUAUUACUCGUAACCUGAAUUCACCAUCCUUCGCAGUCGCUAGUUAUAAUGCUGAUAUUUUGGAGACGGAACCUCUUGCCAGAAGUAUACAGAAGGUGACGGCUAUUGAUGCAGAUACUGUGCCUCCCAAUAACAACAUAAUGUAUUCAGUGGUAGGCAAUGCCAAGGGAUCAGAAUAUUUCAUGGUGGAUGAGAACUCCGGAACUAUUUUUGUGAAAAAAGAUCUUCGAGAUGACCCAGAUAAAGAUGGGUUAUAUACUGUCAUUGUGGCAGCAUCUGACCGUGGAGUGCCAUCAAGACCAGCAGCAAACAAUGCCACAGUAUUUGUGACAGUGCACCGUAACUUAAAUGCACCAACCUUUGGAAAUCCGAAUGCUAUUGUGAAUGUUAACCGCAAUGUUGUUGAUAACCAAAACCUUGACAACAUUGUUGUAACAGACUCCGACACACGGGCUCCAUUUAAUACAUUCAGUGUGAGCAUGAUAGGUGAUGGUAUUGCAACCUCACUCUUCUAUCUUGAUCUCAAUUCCAUCAAAGUGAAAUCAGCUGCUGAUCUACAGGCUGACUCUGAGGAAACCUACACGUUAAGGCUGUAUGCAGAAGAUGGAGGCAGUCCCCCACUUACUUCCACUGCUGUGGUCACUGUUAAUAUAGUGAGAAACCUUUUAAGACCAACAUUUGACCAGGCCUUAUACAAUGUCACAAUUUUGGAGACAACUGGAACAGGAGUAAACAUUUUCACGGUCUCUGCUACAGAUAAUGACCCACCGACUGCGAACAACAGGAUUGAAUAUGAACUAACAGGGGACAGCACAGCCACUCAAUACUUCUAUGUGAAUCCAUCCUCUGGUGAAGUCAGCUUACUGCAGAGUAUUGUUGGAACUGGUGUUAGUCCAUUUAGGUUGACCAUUACAGCCAAUGACAAUGGCAAUCCACCCCUAAGUACAUCUGCAACAGGCUUUGUCUAUGUAGAAACAGAUCCUACACUACAGUUCAGCCUACCUUCUUAUACCAGGACUAUUUCAGAGAAUACAGCUCUCCAAGCAUUUGUAGUGGGAGUCUUAGCCAAUCCAGGGCCUGGUAUUGUAUACUCCAUUACUGGACAAAGCGAUGCUCCUGACUUCUUUGAAAUUGAUUCUACCUCAGGAGUAAUAACCUUGAAACAACUGUUGACUAACGACGUCAUUAAACGGCAGCAGUUUACCGUGAAAGUUAUGGCUACUAAAGUUUUCCCCAAUGGCCAACAAACAGCCACAGCAGAUGUGAUCAUUGUCAUUACUCGGAAUGAAAACCCUCCAAUAUUCAACCAGUCCUUGUACACUGCUGCUGUGAGUGAUCAGAUCCAACUGGGAUCUGUUGUUGUCCAGCUUUACGCAACAGAUCAGGACUCUCAGGAUGUACUGAGUUACAGUAUGGUUAACCCGACAUCUGUGAUAUCAGAUCUAUUUUACCUUGGACCAGCAACUGGAACCAUCAGACUUAAAAAUUUGCUCUCUUCAAACAACUUGGCCGAGUUUAAUUUCGUAGUUCGUGUGAGUGAUCAAUCUAACCCUGAGAAGACCGACGAUGCUAAUGUACAAAUCACAGUAUCAAGGAACAACUUAUCACCUGCUUUUGUUAGCCCGCCCUUCAGUACAGGCAUCAACUUCGACCAAAGUCUAGGCAACUCAUUCUACACUGUACAGGCCAACGACAAUGACCUGAAGGGUACCAUGACAUAUGCCAUCACUGGUUACUACUCUGGACCACAGUUUUUCGAAAUUGGACCCACAUCUGGAUCUAUAAGUCUAUUUUCCAGUAUUGAGCAGGAUACUUCCUCAUCAUAUACACUUGGCCUGAUUGCCUAUGAUAGCCUCUACCCUGCUGAUACAGCCAGCACAAAUAUCACCAUUUCAAUCAACCGCAACCCGAAUGGUCCUAGCUUUACCAGGUCCAGUUAUAUUCGAGAGAUCAGUGAGGAGUAUGCUGUUGGAAUCAGCCUAAUUCAGCUAGAGGCUUCUGAUGCUGAUGGACAUGCCUUGACUUACACAAUUUCUUCUGCGACAUCAGACGGAAAUGACUUCUUCCAGGUUGACCAAUACACUGGUCUUGUUACAGUGAAGAAACCACUGACUGAGUCAGUCAGCAACAACUAUCAGAUCACCUUCAGUAUCCGGGAUGAUGGUUCCCCGUCAAAUUUUGGCACCAAUUUUGCCACUGGCUCAAUAAGUAUCCUGAGAAAUCUCAAUUCUCCUCUGUUUGCUGGCAAUUACUUGAGAUCUGUGAAUGAAAAUGCUACUAUAGGAACAAGUAUAGUUAGAGUUUUGGCAACAGAUGGAGAUACCAAUCCACCAGAAUUUGGCCGUGUGACUUACUCAUUGAUUGGGGAUGAUAACUUUGGUUCACUUUUCCGUCUCAACUCAACAACCGGAGAAAUAACCACAAUAAGUGCGCUGAACCUUGUCAAUGUGCCGUCUUAUCAGGGCCGUGUUGUUGCUAACGAUGGUGGUUCCCCACCCAGAAGUGCAACAGCUCUCAUCGUCAUCGAAGUGAAUCGUAAUCUCCAUCGUCCUAUUAUUCCAUCAUCAACUUACAGUCAAGGAACGCUCGAGACACAUGGCAUUGAUGUGAUUGCCAUUCCAGCAACAGAUGCUGAUACUUUUGCUCCAUUUAACACUAUUACAUUUGACAUGACUGAAGUGAGCGGAACCAGCCUGACCUAUUUCCAGAUAGACCAAUCUUCAGGUAUCAUCAGCGUUCGCACUCCACUCUACCUGGACAGUUCAGAUAACAGGAACUAUAUUAUGCAAGUGACAGCAAGAGAUGGAGGAGAUCCGAGUCUGCAAUCAGUGACCACGGCAACUGUAACCAUUACAGUACAGAGAAAUGUAAACCGCCCUGUCUGCCUAGGUGAACCCUAUUCAACCUCCAUCAGCUACAGGACUCUGGCAGGAGCCACUGUCUUCCCAGGGGUCAAUGUAACAGAUGCAGAUACUAAUGUUCAAUUCAAUACUAUAACAUAUAGCAUAGUUGGUGACUUGGAUGCACAGACAUUGUUCCAGAUCAACUCCGAUGGGUUGAUCAGUGCAAGAUUACCACUAUCAGCUGCCACCUUGAAUGAGUAUAAGGUCCAGGUACAGGCUGUAGAUGGAGGUUUCCCACAGCAGUACACCAUCUGUACGGUUUCAGUUACCAUCACACGGAAUCUGAUCAUUCCAAGGUUUACCACAUUUGAUGCCACUAUUACUAUUUUGGAGAGUCAGUCCCUGGGAGUUAACAUCUACAAUUUCCCAGCAUUGGACACAGACGAACAGUCCCCAUACAAUGAGAUGUCCUUCAUUCUGGCUGGAGAUGCUGACAUCAACACUUACUUUGCUGUUAAUGAACCAGGUGAUAACCUGUAUGUGAAGAGUUCCCUUGUUGAUCAACCUAAAGACACUUUUACUGCUGUUGUCACUGUGACUGAUGGAGGUGGCUUUGUUGGUCAAAAUACCUUGACUCUCACCAUCAACAUCCUGCGUAAUGACUUUACUCCCUACUUCACUUCUGAUUCAUAUGUGGCUGAUUUACAACAAAGUGUGCAGGUGGGCGAUCUGUUGUUCACAGUGACUGGAGCAGACAGCGACUCCGUUAAACCACCGCUUGCAUCCCCAUACUACACACUGAAGUACUCUAUCCUUGGGGAUGACGAUGCACCAUCUUUCUUCGACAUUGGAGAGAGCAGUGGCCAAGUAACAGUAAAGUCUGUACUGACUUCAACCAGCUCCACUGAGUUCAAUUUACGCAUCCAAGUAUCCGAUCAGGGUCAACCACCUCGUACCAAUACAACUUUGGCAAGAGUUGCUGUACGGAACAACUUCCAACGUCCUUUGUUCAAUGAAACAUCAUACUAUCGCAGGAUUAAGGAAACAAAUGUUCUAGGUGAAACCAUAUUGCGUGUGUAUGCUCCAGAUCAAGAUCUUUUGGCCCCAAACAAUGUGGUGGAGUACAGUAUAACAGCUGGACCAGAGGACCAACAAUGUUUCUUUAUCAACUCUGUGACUGGCGAUAUCGCCCUCCGUCAAUCACUCCUUACCUCAAGUUGCCAGACUAUCAACAAGUUUGAGAUGACUGUUCAAGCUAAAGACCAAGGUACCCCAUCCUUUGAUAGUAGUGUUCUGGUAACAAUAGAUGUGGAUCGUAACCAGAACCCGCCAGUCUUUGAUAACUUACCCUUUGAAAUAACUCCUGGAAUCAGUGAGAGCAUCAAUGCUGGCGAUGUGGUGUAUGAUGUGGACGCAUCAGAUGCAGAUUUUGUUGCUCCAUUCAAUACAAUUACCUAUACACUGAUUGGAGAUGACACAGGGCCACAGUACUUCUCCAUCGAUUCUUCCACUGGUGUGGUCACAGUGAGACAACAGAUCCUUAAUACACAGGAAACAUCCUACAGGCUUCGUAUUGUUGCUGAGGAUGGAGGGUCACCUGCUAAGUUCGCACAAAGCACUCUUCUUAUCAACGUUAGACGGAACCUCCGUAACCCAGUUUUUGCAUCCACCAGCUAUGAAGUGACCAUUCUUGAAACUCAUCCUUAUGGUAACAUAGUGGAAACUGUUAACGCUACUGACAGCGAUAGCAAGGCACCACAUAACCAGCUGACUUACACGAUCACAUCCUCCAGCCUAGCCCAACAGUACUUCCAGAUCAAUUCGCAGGGUCAGAUCACGAUCCAACGAUCGCUCAUUGAUGACACUGCUGACACCAGCAUUUACAUUUUGACUGUGAUGGCUCAGGACCAGGGAGUACCACCGUUAUCCAGUCUUGCUUCAGCCACGGUUCGGGUUAAUGUUAUUAGAAAUGAGAAUUGUCCAGUUUUUCAGAAUACACAGAAAUCUGUAGACAUUUCUCAGAGUCGGGCAGCACAGAUAAUUUUGGAUGUGAAUGCGACAGAUGCAGACUCAUCUGCAGAGUUUAGUCGUAUCGAAUACAGACUGAUCGGUGAUGCUCCAGCUACCUCUUUCUUUGCCAUUAAUGAAGUAUCUGGAGCAGUAACAACCAAUGUCAACUUAUACAAUGAUAAUGGAAUUGUCUAUCAGCUGAGAGUACUGGCCAGGGACGGUGGAACCCCACCCUGUGAAAUCACCGAUGUAUACAUUGUCAAUGUGAACAGGAACUUGAAUACUCCUGUUUGGGUAAAUACGCAAAGUCCAAACUACUACGAAUUCACCAUCUUAGAGACUCAGCCUGUGUCUGUGCCUUUCUCCACCGUGUCUGCUACGGAUAGUGAUGAAAAGGCCCCUCAUAACGAGGUCACCUAUGAGUUCACCACCAACACCGAUAUAUUCAGAGUUGAUGCCAAUGGACAGGUUUUCCUGCGCUCGAGUCUCAUCCUAGGCACUGUGGAACAAUAUACAAUUAAGAUGCUUGCAUAUGACAAAGGUACACCAACACGUUCAUCAAGUGUUGAAGGAACCUUGGUUGUCAAUGUAGUUCGUAACAAGUACACUCCAGAAUUCAUCGAUCUCCCCAAUGUUAUCAGUGUUAAUCAGAAUGUGACAACCUCCACGGUAGUGUACACCAUUGGAUCCAGAGAUAACGAUACUAAUUCACCAUUUAACCAAAUUGAAUAUCGUGUCCUUGGUGACAGUGCUGCCCCUUCGUAUUUCAAUGUUUUGAGCCCAUCUGGACAAGUGAUAGUGUCAAACUCCAUUGACACUGACACAACCAAUGUCUACUUGCUACGUGUACGUAUUUUGGAUGGAGGCACUCCACAAAAAUUUGCUGAUGAGGUCCUCACAAUUGUUGUGAACAGGAACCUUAACCGACCAGUCUUUUCCAACAGAUUUGUCCAAAAACAGAUCCUCGAAAUUCAAAAUGUUGGAAUACCGAUCACAUCAGUUUCUGCUACGGAUGCUGACAACAUUAGCCCUAAUGGUGACGUACGCUAUUUCUUGGACACAUCAGACCCGAACAUUGACAGUUACUUCAGUGUCGACUCUGUCACUGGACAAGUAAUGUUGAAGAAACAAAUGAUAGACUACCCAAAUUCAAACGAAGACUUUAAUCUCGUUUUCCAAGUGAAUGCACGUGACAUGGGGAGCACAUCACAGACAGCACUCAUUCCUGCUACAGUUGAGAUUAAUGUAGUGAGAAACACUCAGCCUCUCUUCGACCAGAAACCUUACUCUGAAACCCUUGGCCAGUUUGACCCGCCAAACACUUUCGUUUAUAGACCAGUAGUAAUAAACAGAGACACCAUAGACCCGUUUAAUCGCCUCAACUUUAGCCUGAUUGGGGAUGAUUCUGCACUGUUGUAUUUUGCUGUAGACCCAAAUAAUGGUGUGGUGAGAACCACUCGUAAUCUCACUGAAAGCACUGCUCUCACCUUUACCGUAAGAAUCAAGGUUCAAGAUAAUGGUAUCCCACCCUUGGAGGAUACAGCAACUGUUCGUGUGAGUGUGGAGAGAAAUGAAAGAGACCCGUCCUUCCUCCAUAGUACUUCAUUAAAUGUGAACAUUCCGGAGAACCUCCCUGUUGGAAGUUUUGUAGCUGAUAUCAAUGCCACUGAUGCUGAUGCAUUUGCACCCAACAACCUCCUACAGUAUGUAAUUACUGGUGGAACAAACAAUGGCCAACAAUUUUUCUUUAUUGACCAGCAGUCAGGAAUAGUAUAUCUCACUCAGAGUGUGGCAUCAGGAGCUAGCAACUUCCAGCUUACAAUCGUGGCAAUGGAUCAGGGAGUGCCCAUUAAACAAGCUCAAGCUACCUUGAAUGUCAACGUCCUUCGAAGCACUGGAAAUUUGAUGUUCUCGCUACCUGAGUAUAAUGCUACAAUAAGCGAGAACAUUGGAGUUAACAACUUCGUGACUAGAGUUAUAGCCUCUCCAGGGGUAAGCAUUCAGUAUAGCCUAACCGGACGAGAUCCAGGGCCAACCUACUUCUCCGUAGAUACCAACAAUGGGGACAUCAGAAUAAAGAGUGACUUAAGAACAGAUAGCUCCCGGCUCACCCAUUACAUCUUGCUUGUGAGAGCUGUGUCAUUUGAUGUGACAACUCAGACUGCUUCUACCACUGUCAAUAUUUUUGUGACGAGGAAUGAGUUUUCUCCAGUGUUUGACCCACAAUCAGCCUAUUAUGAGACUAGCAUUGAGGAAAAGAUGGAGCUUGGCUCAACAGUUCUACAAGUGGUUGCCUCUGAUCAGGAUAAUGACCAGAUAAAGUACAGCAUCGUAGAUGGUACCCCCUACACAACUUUCUUCUUUUUGAAUGCUGACACAGGUGUCAUCACUCUCCAGGGUCUUCUAACCACAACAAAUGUUGGGAACUUCUCUUUCAAUGUACAAGCAUCGGACCAAGGAAACCCAGAGAAAAUAAGCCUGGCUCGUGUCCAUAUCAUCAUAAUGCGGGACGCUUUCCGUCCAGUGUUCCGUGCUACACCAUACAAUGCCAACACCAAUGAGGACGCUGUGGACAACUUUGUCUUCUAUAGAAACAUUUUGGCCACAGACGAUGACUUAAGAGGACAGAUUUUAUAUGAAGUCAUCCAAGACAACAUUGCAGCUACCUUUUUCUCCAUUAAUAGAACAUCUGCAUUCCUGUCCAUACAGAAUCAAAAUCUUCUGUUGAAUGAUGUGCAGCAGAACUAUCAGUUGCGGGUGAUUGCCUAUGACAGUGUUUAUCCCGAAAAUCCAGCUACAGCUACAGUCUCUGUGUUUGUGAGUCGCAACAGUAACGCUCCAGUAUUUAUAGACACCCCAUAUUCUCGUACUGUCUAUGACCACAUUCCGCUUGGCACAAGAAUUGUGGAUAUAAAUGCAACAGAUGCUAAUGGUGAUGAAAUACGGUAUGCAAUGACUGGAAACAGCCGGGCUUUGGAAUAUUACUACCUCAACCCAGUGACAGGAUUAAUUACUCUGAAGAAACUUCUCACUGAGGGCACUCAGUUGACAGAUACGGUGACCAUCGAUGCUUGUGAUCAGCGAUCACCACAGCGGUGUGUUAGUGUGACUGCAACUAUCAACAUCAACCGUGACAAUUUCCCACCUGUCUAUACUCGUAACAACUAUGGCCGUCAGAUAUCCCAAGUGGCGCCUGUUGGGGAACUCAUAGAUACUGUGGAAGCCACUGAUCAAGACUUGGAGGGUAAAAUCAAUUAUGUAGUGGAUGGAAACUACCCUGCACCUUCAUUCUUUACGGUAGGCCUUGAAUCGGGUCGUGUGACAGUAAGCCAAAUGGUCAACAUGGAUAGUCUUCAAACAGAUACUUACGAGUUGAGGAUUGCUGCGUAUGACACCUUCUAUCCUGAUAACCGUGUCUAUACUAUAGUGACAAUACCAGUCAACAGGAAUCCAGCUGCACCAAACUUCUCACAGGAGUUUUACCGAAAGACUAUUGCAGAAACAUUCCCUCUCGGUACCUCUGUUGUUCAACUCAAUGCCACUGAUGCUGACAAUGAUCAGUUGAGAUUCUACAUGGAUGUAGCAGCUGACCAACAAAAUAAAGACUACUUUUACGUCAACCCAGAAAAUGGUCUCAUCUCGUUGAGGCAGAUAUUGACAACCUCUUCUUUCAAUCAGUUUACAUUUUCUGUGGUGGUACGAGAUGUAGGGAACAAGGAGGACACCGCCACUGUGAUUAUAGCAGUGGAAAGAGAUGACCAACCUAAUUUUAUUAAUCUGCCAGAGACCAGGAACAUCCAGGAGACCAACUCCCUGACACAGUCAAUUUUCACAGUUGCUGCAAGCGAUACAGACAUGCAGGGACAAAUGGUCUACAACAUCAUUGGUGAGUUCAACUCUCCUAAAUUUUUCCGAGUAAACAACGCAACUGGAGAAGUUUUUGUUCAGCUUGAUCUCAAAUUGGACAUUGUGGAGCAAUAUAAGGUGAUAUUCACAGCAUAUGAUUCUGGCAGUCCAGGUAAAACUGCAACUGGUACACUGACGGUCAACGUCGAACACAACAUUAAUCAACCAGUUGUCAACAGUGCUGUCGUCUCUAUCUGGGAAUACACUGCAGUGGGUACCAACAUUCUGAACAUCACAGCCACUGAUGGAGAUGGUGACACACUGCGAUAUGAACUGUUGUCAACAGGAACUUUACAGUCUGAUAGAGCACUUAUGUACUUCUCAAUCAAUCCUGAUACUGGAUACAUCACGGUUACCAAGCCCCUUGAGAGCGAUGUUGACAGACCUGGCUUGUAUCAGAUGAAUGUUAGAGUCCGUGACCAGCGAUAUCCAUUUGAGAAAUCUGGUCAGGCAUUGGUUGAAAUUAAUGUACAACGUAACCGAAACUCUCCUGUAUUCCAAAACACUCCCUACAACCAGCCGGGUAUAAAUGAGAAUAGUGCUAUUUCAACAUCAAUAAUUACGGUGACCGCUCGAGACUCUGAUAUGCAGGGAUACAUGGUGUAUGAAGUGGUUGGAGAAAACUCAGCACCUUUCUAUUUCAACGUAGAUAGCCGAACAGGGAAUGUGACUAUCAAAAACAACCUGAAAUAUGAAACCAAUACAGUUUAUCUUCUAGUGGUGGAAGCCUAUGAUUCCCAGUACCCUACUGACCGUGCUACAGCCACUGUCACAAUUGGCAUUGUGCGCAAUCUUUUUUCCCCUGUAUUUAAUGAGCAAUCCUAUGCUGUAACAAUCAAUGAAAGCAUUGCUAUAGGAGUGUCCAUCUUACAAGUCUUGGCUGCAGAUCAGGAUAAUGACACAAUGACCUAUGCAGCGUUGCCUUCACAAGCUGACACCUUUUUUUACCUGGCUCCAUCCACGGGUGUGCUGACAAUAAGAUCUUCUUUGAUGGAUGACCCUAUUCGCAGACUUUCUUUCCAGAUGAAUGUACAAGCCACAGAUGAUCGUUCACCUCAGCGUACAACAGCAGUUGGCGUGUCCAUCACUGUUUUGAGAGACUUAUUUUCUCCUAACUUCGAUCCAGCUGACAAGAGAUAUACAGUGACAAUUCCUGAAACAACACAAGUUCUGGACCCAGUGCGAACAGUCCGCGCUACUGACAACGAUCGAAUUGGAACAAUUAAAUAUGAGGCUAUUGGUAACUACCCAGCACCUAGUUUCUUCUCUGUGAAUGAAGACAACGGGCAGAUCACGCUACAGAAAAGUCUCCUCACUCCAGAUGCUGUCCUGUACAACCAGUUCAUGUAUUUGGUUGUGGCUUAUGACAGCGCACGGCCAGACAAACAGGAUACUGCUACAGUGGAAAUCACCAUUACCCGUAACACUAAUCCACCCAUCUGGACACUACCAGCGUAUGGGGCAAGCAUUAGGGAAGACCAUGAUCCCUUUUCAUCAGUCAUCGAUGUUGUCGCCACAGACAAUGACAAUCAUGACACAAUAUCCUAUGAAAUAGUUGAUGAAAAGAUACAGAGAACUUUGGACCAGGGUGCUGCUGACUACUUUUAUAUUGACACAGAGACUGGGCGCAUGUACCUCAGAAAAAGUGUUCUUAGCACAGAUAUCUCAAGAUUUGUUCUUGUUGUGCGAGCCUGUGACACAGGAACUCCUGUAAGGUGUGCCAACACAACAGUAACCAUUGACAUAAACAGACUAGGUGUGCCACCUCGCUUUAGGAACUCUACUUACAAGGCGACAAUUCCAGAGGACAAAGCGGUGGACAGCAGUGUUUUAAUGGUAUCUGCGAUAGACAGCAAUAUCCUGGGACAAGUUGUUUAUGAAGUGGAAGUUCCAGGAAGUGCAUUCUUCUCCUUAAAUUCAACAUCAGGGGAGAUCACUCUAGCCAAGUCAGUUUUCAAUGAGCUCGACAUCACUUACAGAUUCAGGGUCAUAACCUACGACACUGGAGAGCCUCAGUAUCGUUCAACAGCUGAUGUGAUGGUCACUGUUGUACGCAAUGCUUUCAAACCAACUUUCCUAUUACGUGACUACAUUGUAGUCGUUGACCAGAAAUCAGACUUUGGUGUGAUGGUUGUGAAUACUACUGCAGUUGACCGCAAUGGGGAUGUGCCAGUCUAUAGAAUGACAGGAACUCCUGUAGGUCUGGAGUACUUCAGGAUUGACCGGGAUACAGGAGAAAUCUUCCUCAACAAACUCUUAAGUGACACACCAUUUAUUCAAUACAAUUUCACGGUGUAUGCACGUGAUCAGCGUCGAGUAAAUGAAAAAACAGACUUCGCCAAUGUGAUCAUCAAUAUUGACCUGGAUGACCAACCUGUAUACUUACGAACACCCUACGAAGCUUUUCUUCUGGAGAGUAGAGCAGUAAACACAAGCGUCUACUUGACUACAGCUCAAGACUCCGAUCUCACUGGCACCCUUGUUCGAGAAAUCACAGGAGUUUAUCCUGCACAAGACUUUUUCGCAAUGAAUAGUAGUUCAGGGGAGGUAACUCUAAUCCGUGACUUGCGUGAGGAUCCCCGUAACCUUGCAUUAUACAUGUUGGAGUUAAAAGUGUACGACUCCCAGUAUCCAUCAAAUACUGGAACUACAUUUUUGAGAGUGUCCGUGUCAAGAAAUCCCAAUGCUCCACAGUUUAACAACACUAAUUACUACAAACAACUGAAUGAGUUGGUCAGCAUCAGCACAAGUGUCAUGUCCAUUGGAGCUACUGACAACGAUCCAUUGGAUGUUGUAACCUACAAAAUUAUUUCUGCCGACAACAAUGGUGACCAGUUCUUCCUCCUUGACCCUUCCACUGGACUACUUACGACCAAAAAGCUGCUGACAGAAGCAAAUUUUAACAGGACAGUUAUGAUUAUUGAGGCAUCUGAUCAGAGAGGUCAAACCAACACUGUCCAAAUGAUUGUUGAAAUCAUACGAAACCCAGCAGAUAAGGCACCCUAUUUCAUCGGCGAGCCCUAUGAAGCCACCAUAUUCUUCACUCAGGAUCUUGUGACAGAGGUUGAUAGUGUUGUCGCAAGAGAUGAUGAUUUAGUGGCACCAUCCAGGAUUGUAUAUGAGAUUGUCGGAAUAUUCCCUGCUCCUGAUCACUUCCGCAUAGAUGAUACUACUGGGCAAAUCUUUGUUUCUCAAGAUCUUUCCACGGAUGUUUACAAAACACUUGUAUACACUCUGCGUGUGGAAGCAUAUGACAUGGCGAACCCUGAUUUGAGAGCUGAGACUAAUGUAAUCAUUCGUGUCAUCCGUAACCCAGCACAACCGCGGUUUACAAACAGUGCCCAAUACACUAUUACCAUCCCAGAGACCUAUGGUCCUGGAGCAAUUGUAAUGCCUGUCACUGCUAUAGAUGAUGAUGGGGAUGUGGUGAGGUAUAACAUUGUGAAUGACACAUUUGGAUUUGAAGCCAUGAAGUUCUUCUUCAUCAAUGGAGAAACAGGAGUUAUUUCCGUCAUCGGAGAUUUGAAGUCUUCAGCACCAGUUACACAGUAUGCUUUUAAUGUGCGGGCUAGAGAUCAAGGCACUCCAGAGAAGUUUGGCUCUGCAACUGUAGUUAUUUCCAUUACGAGAGACAGCUCAGAUCCAGCUUUCCUGUUCCCCAAGAACUAUACUAGGACCAUUUUUGAGACAGUACCUGUCAACGAUACACAAUCAUUUUAUAGAUUCACUGCUUCAGAUGGCAAUUUACAGGAAAGCCUGAGGUAUGCUGUCACUGGAGAUGGAUUAGCCAUGGCGUACUUCUGGGUGGACACUAAUGGUGGUGUUUAUGUACGCAAAGACUUGAUGACCACUGAUGAAGUAAACUUUGUGAUGACUGUGGCUGUUUAUGAUACUUACUAUCCAAACAACAGAGACUAUGCGGUGCUCAACAUUAUUGUAAUUCGCAAUCCUGGUGAACCAGUUUUCAGCUUUAAUGGCCAGUACGAUCAAACCAUUAAUGAAUAUCAUCAGUUUGGAAAGUCAGUCAUUGGUGUGUCGGCAAGUGAUUCUGAUGGUGAUGUUCUGCGCUACAAAAUUCUGGGGCCAUCAGAGGCAACGCAGAAAUUUUACAUCACCCCAGACACAGGAGUGGUCUACCUUUACAGUAGACCAGAUCCAGUUAAUUAUGUUAUGACCAUCGAGGCCAGUGAUCAGAGGACCCCACCUAAAACAAAAAAUGCAACUUUGAGAGUAAAUGUCAUUGCCAAUCAGCCUCCUAGAUUCAGAAAUAUUCCAGCAGUAAUCAAUGUAGCAGAGAGAUCUGAAGUAAAUGUUCGACUCUUUCAAGUGUCUGCCACAGACAGUGACUUAGUUGAAACAGGUGGAACCCUACAGUAUAAGCUUAUUGGUGAUGGUGCUGGUCCAAGCUUUUUCCAGUUGUCGUCCGAGGGCGUGAUUUCUCCACGAGUUAAUCUGAGGGGUGACAAUGCACUCAUUUAUGAGCUACGAGUGCAGGUUUACGACUCCGAGAUUCCCAGUAUGGCCAUCAAUAGUACUGUGACUGUAAAUAUGACUAGGAAUCCAAACCAACCAGUCUUCACCUUAAGUGGUUUUUACACAUUUCCCAUCACAGACAACACUCCAAUUGGUGACAGGGUUGGCUCAGUCUUAGCCACUGAUGCAGACAAUGACACAAUUCGGUAUAGUGUGUUAUCAGGGCCUGAAGAUUACUUUUACCUCUUACCGGAUUCUGGAGAAAUGUUCCUGAUCAAGCCAUUAAGCACUACAGGUUUAAAGAGGUUUAUAUUUACUGUAAGGGCUUCUGACCAGCGUUUACCUGAAAAGUCAGCCAUUGCACAAGUUACUAUACAGGUAGACAGAGAUGAACAGGCCCCUGUAUUUGCGGAUUCAACACACGAAACUACUAUUGAUGAAACAGAUCCUCUUAACUUUAUUGUGUACACCGCCACGGCUACAGAUAAUGACCUACGGGGAAAUAUUACUUACGAGAUCACUGGUAAUUACCCAGCCCAGACAUUCUUCGGUAUUCUUCAAGAUGGCAAUAUUCUUAUCACAAGAAGCCUGAAGGAAGAUGGACUAGCAAGGACCUCAUACGUUUUGACUAUUGAGGCUUAUGACAGUGCAAACCCAGAUCUUCGAGGCACUAUGUAUCUGACCAUCAAUGUGAGACGUAACAUAAAUGGCCCUGUGUUUGACAGGACUGACUAUUCCACCGUUAAAAGUGAACUCACUCCCAUGGGCGUUCUCAUCUUUAACAUUACUGCUACAGACAAUGAUGGUGAUGAAGUGGUGUAUGAUCUUAUCGGCGACAAACAACCCAAUGGUCAGUCCUUGAAAUAUUUCAUCAUAGAACGCACAACAGGUUACAUGUACCUCCGGGAACCUCUAACGAGUAGCACUGUGCCAUCUUUUUCGAUGGUAGUCAGGGCAACAGAUAAUGGCAAUCCUCCAAGGACCCAAGAAGUCGACGCUAAUGUUUUUGUUCAGAGGAUCACAGCACCAAUAUUCAGUCUCUCCGAAUAUGAUGUGAACCUGAAAGAAAAUGUUGGCACUGGUUACAGUGUGGUAACAGUGUCUGCAGCUCACCAACCAGUGCUUCCUCAGGCAGAUAUUCGCUAUAUGAUCACAGGAAUUCCUCCAGCAACUCAUUUCUUUUCUGUCAACUCAACUACUGGACAGAUAUCUGUGAGCCAAGAUCUUAGAGGUGAUCGAACAGCAGUGUAUCAGCUGACAUUACGUGCAUACGACAAUGCUAACCCCAGUGUAUAUAGUGAUGGUCUGGUUGUCAUUACCAUGGAGAGGAAUCCGAACUCGCCCUCCUUCUCCCAGGCUAGCUACACUGCUAGUAUCCAAGAAGAUGACCCAUUGGGCACCAGUGUUACACAGAUCAUGGCAAAUGAUGCAGAUAAUGAUACUCUGACGUAUUCACUAACUGGCAACACUCGCUGUCUUGAGGCUUUCUACAUUGUGUCCUCCACUGGCAUAGUUUAUCUGAAAGAAAACCAAGAAUUAACAAGUGACCUGCAGUACAUCUGCCAAGUAACUGUGACAGAUAAUGGAUAUCCCAAUGAAAAGACUGCUAAUACUCAGCUGGUGAUUGGUGUUGUCCGAGGCCAGCUGCCUUCAUUCAGCUUACCAACUUACCAAGCAAAUGCCCUGGAGAAUGAUAAUGUUGGAAAGCUAUUGACCACUGUGUCUGCUACAAGGAUACCAACACUGGGCGAGAUUAUGUACGAAACUGUAGGUGAUUACCCUGCCCAAAGUUUCUUUGGUGUGAACAAUAAGAGUGGAGAAGUGACCAUCAUCAGGGACUUGAGACAGGAUGGCCUGAAUCUCCUAAGCUAUACUUUGAAAGUUGUAGCAUAUGACACUGGAAAACCCAGUCUGCGAAGAACUGGUACUGUAGUCAUAGAUGUGGCCAGGAACCUGAAUGGUCCCACAUUUUACCCAAUCAACCAACAAGUGGAACUGCCACAAAGUACCAACCCAGACUUCUGGUCCCUCGCCUUGAAUGUGACAGACCCAGACAGCCCCACUUUGACCUGUUCGAUCAUCAGUGAUGUUAAGGCCCAAGAAUUCUUCAUGGUGGAUAAAGAUUGUCGUUUGUCACUAAAGAAGAGUCUUCUUACAGAUCCAGAUGUCACACAGAUAUAUACAGUACGAAUAGAAGCCAGUGACAAUGGAGUACCAAGCCCAAAAACUGCUAGGUCCACUGUGACUGUCAUUGUUCCCAGAGAUUUGUCCAACCCAGCGUUCACUAACUUGCCCGACACAAUAAAUAUCAAUGAGGACUCCACUCCUGGAACAUCUGUGUUCGAUGUGACAGCUUCAGAUCAGGACAGACGAGGCAAUUUGACCUACAAUUUGGUAGGGGUCUUCCCAGCCCAAACAUUCUUCAAGAUGGAUCCUCUCACUGGUGAAAUUACCAUCCUUAACGUCCCAAAGUCUGAUUCCCAGGAGAAUAUGGAGUAUAAGCUAAGAGUUGAAGUAUAUGACAGUUAUUGGCCAAACAACAAAGCAUAUGGUGAAUUGACUGUAAGAAUAAAUCGUAAUCCUACUGGACCAGUCUUCAACCCAAGGAGAUAUGUAGAAGUGGUACGGGCAAACGUUGAGUUGGGCACAGUUUUGUUCCAGUUGUCCGCCAGUGAUGCUGAUGGGGAUAGGUUAAUUUACACCUCUGACAUGAGUGCCCAAGACAUGCAGUACUUAACUCUAAGUCGGGACAGUGGAGCCAUUAUCCUAUACAAGUCACUGGAGACUGUCGGAACACCAAACAGUUUUAAUUUCAACGUGUUUGUGUUUGACACCCGUAACCCUGUCAGAAACGACACUACCACUGUAUUCCUGUCUGUGACGGCACUAGCAGGACCGCCAAUAUUCACAGAAAACAACUACGAAGUGACCAUCCCCAUAACCCAGAGUAUCAAUACCACAGCCACUGCUGUAAUUGCUUCAGACUCCGAUCUACAGGGAUCUCUCCGGUAUGAGGUGAAAGGAUUUGCACCAGGAACUGAAUACUUCAGAUUAGAUUCUACAACGGGUGUUAUUUAUGUGAAUAAGGAUUUACACCUCAAUACCAACUUGUUCCCUAACUACUUUUUACUCAUUGAGGCCUUCGAUACCAGCGAACCUGAGGCAGUGAGCCGUGCUACAGUCACUAUUAAGAUCAAUAGAAAUGUAUUUGGUCCAUCUAUAUUACCUAGCACUUACACUGCGUUUGCCAAUGACUACGACCCGAAGGGAACCCCCAUACUGGAUAUCAACGCCACAGAUUCUGACACUACGAUGCCAGAGAACAACUUAUUUUACACACUGGAGGAUGGACGAGCUGCCAAUGACUACUUCACCAUCUCUCCAUUCACAGGGCUGAUCUCUGUAUCUAAUCUCAUUUCCUCUGACCCUGCUCGGCCACUAGACUAUGUUUUACGUGUUAUUGUGCGGGACACCAGUGCAACACCGAAGUCAGCAACAGCAACAGUGACCAUUAAUAUUAACCGAAACGAUCCUCCAUCUUUUGUUAGUCCCUUUGGCUAUGAAGUUGAAAUCUCUGAAGCCAUACCUAUCUUCAGCAACAUCAUCACUGUCUCUGCUACUGAUCCAGAUCCUCCAACAUCCUUCAACAGCAAAUUGAGUUACUACUUUGUUGGACCUGAGGAGGCCAGUAAACGUUUCCAGAUCAACAGUACCACUGGCUCCAUCUCAGCUAGGGUCAGUCUGUCGACAGAGCCUCAGGAUGUUUGGCAGUUCACUGUUGGUGUUCGAGAUGAAGGCAAUCCUUUCAUGUUCACAACUGUUCCUGUCACCAUUACAAUUGGUCGUGUCGGAAAGAUCCGGUUCAGUCAAGCAGAAUACUUUGUGGUAUACCCUGAAUCUUAUCCUGUCAAUAAUACUAUUGCUGUUGUCAAUGCCACGGAUCCAUUGGCAGGUAGCACAGUUGUGUAUGAGAUUAGAGGCGAUGGAUUGGCCAGAAAUCACUUUGUCAUCAACAAUGUUACAGGCCAGAUUACCCUAAGCAAGGCAUUCACUGAAGAUGACAGCCUAACAAGCAUGUACACUAUCCGUGUAUAUGGUUACCGACUUAAUGAUCCAUCAGAGUUUGACUUUGCCCUUGUGCGAGUCCAGGUCAACCGUAAUCCCAACACACCUAUAUUCAACCACGGAGAUCUCACUUUCACUAUCAAUGAAAAUGUGGACCUUGACUACAUCAUUGGAAAUGUUUCUGCUACUGAUCAAGAUUCUGGUGACAAUGGAAGAAUUGUAUACUUCUUCAGUCAACAGGAGAGUCAGCCUAUUUACAGUGGGGACUUCUUCUAUAUCAAUCCUUCGUCUGGCAUCAUCCUCGUCAUCGGAAACCUACGUUCUGACCCUUCAACCAAAAACUAUACAAUGUUUGUUGUUGCAAAAGACAGUGGUGUGCCAAGUCGCCAAAAUAAGGUCAAGGUCACGAUUGUUGUGACAAGGAACCCACAUGCUCCAGAGUUCUCCCAGACCAACUAUGAAAAAACCAUUGAUGAGAAUGUUCCCGUUAAACAUAGAGUACUUCAGAUCAUGGCAACAGACGCUGACAAUGAUCCUAUUGUAUAUGACAUCAUUCCAAGUCCCCCUGCCACUCUCUACUUCAAUGUCGACUCCUUCACUGGAGUCAUUACCACAUCCCGUAUACUGUACCGCGAAGAUGUUGACAGAUAUAUUAUAAAUGUACGUGCCACAGAUCAAAGUGCAUCACCAUUAGCUGGAACUGCUACAGUGACCAUCAACAUUAACAGAAAUGCUAACCCACCAGUAUUCGCAAAUCUGUCACACACUGUAUCCAUAUCAGAAUACCACGAUAUUGACACAAAGGUCAUCGAGGUGACAGCCACAGACAAUGACAAUAUCAACAGUACAAGUGGUAUCCUACGAUAUGCUAUUGAUACCGUCAACUCUUACUUCACUAUUACCAGGACAACCGGAGUCAUCCUUCUUGCACAACCACUUACAACUGAUUUAGCUGAUGAUGUGUACAUCUUAACAGUCGUGGCCUCAGAUACCUCCAACAACCCGAAGUCUGCCUCCACCUCUGUCACCAUCAAUGUUGUCCGCAACAUGUUUGCACCAGAGUUUACACCAACAGUUUACCAAGUGAACGCAACUGAUACAGACAGAGCUGGCACAUCAUUGGUCACGGUCACUGCAGCAGAUGCAGAUUCCCAGAUACCUCUCAGUGCUAAUACGAACAAUGCUAAGUUUGCCUACAGUGUGUUGGGUAAUGCUGCCUCCUUUGCCAGAUACAUUGGUGUUUCAGACAAUGGGGAGGUGUACAUCAAACAGUCUCUCUAUAUACCUAAUAACAUCAGUCCAAUCACGGUCCAGAUCCAGGCCUGUGAUUUAAGCUGGAAACCCAAGUGUAGUAGUCCUAGUGCCAAUAUUGUUAUCAAUAUUACAUACCAAGACACUGCAGAUGGUCAAAUUGGCUUCAAGCAGCCCGUCUACUAUCUGCAACUUCGUGAGAACAUUGAUGUUGAUCAAGUGAUUUUGCUGAUGGACGUGGAAUAUCAGGCUUCACAGUCAGCUCAGUGCAAUAUACUAGGGGAUCUCAGAGGCCUUCCAUUCUCCAUCGCACCAGACCAGUUCCAGAAGAACUGUGGUCUAAAACUGAUUGAGCCAGGCUUUGAUUACGAGGUUACCAAGAAAUACAAUGUGACAGUGCAAGUGACAGAGGGAGCUGUUGGACGUAGAAAGAGACAGAUCUUCAUCCAAAACACCCAUCCCAUAGCUACAGUAAUCAUUGAAGUGUUAGAUGUCAAUGACAACUCGCCAAUCUUCCAGUACGAGGAACCCCAUAUUUACCCACUUCAGACAAGCAGUGCUGGCACAGAAAACCGUUAUUUUGGUGCUAUUGCUUCAGAUGCUCGCCCAGAUGCAUCAGUAAUGAGAGUUUAUGCAACUGAUGAAGAUUCUGGUCUUUUGGGUCUUGUAACAUACUCCAUGGAUGAACAGAGUUCAGUGCCAGCAAAUCCACCAUUCCUUCUCAGUUCAGUGGAUGGAACAUUUACAACCAAUACAGAAUUCUCUUCUGAAACACUCGCUGCCAAAACCUACAAAAUCCCAAUACUGGCUACCGACAAUGCACCAAGAAUUGAGGAACGCAAGGUCACCCAGUCCACGGCUUAUAUCAACAUCAUUUACACAUAUAACCGUUUCGUAUUGGUCCUAAGAAAUAUGAUUCCUGAAGAUGCUGCAGCUAAAAAGGCAAUGAUUCGCAGAGCUAUACAAGAUGAAUUCCAGAAGGUGUGUAUUAUAGAGAAUAUAGAACGUCGAAGGAACCUUUUGUUAAAAGAUCAGCUCUCUAUAGAUGGCACAGAUUCUGAUGUUAUUUUUGUAUUGGGCGAGCCAAGGGAACCAUACAAUCUCAUCAACAACAGCAGGAUGCCUGAAAUCUUUACUGAAGAUAAGACCUCCAACCUCAACACUAGACUACAAGCAGACAAUACGCUGAUUAUAGAGAAAAUACGUCUCCCGUACCAGGAUGCUAAUCUGUACAAAACUCUUCUUACAAAAUCUUAUGUGUGGUGGAUUGACGACCCAUGGGCAGCACUUAUUGCGUUGGCAGCUAUCAUAAUCCUCCUCUGUAUUGUUGGGAUAAUUGUCUUAGUGUUCACACAUUCCAGGUACACAAAAUACAUUAACCAUUACCGAGUAUACCAGGCUGCAUAUGACCAACCAGACUUCAUGGAGCCCCCAAGCUUCCUCAAGGAAUACGAGACACAGAGUCUGAAUAUGUAUGUACCUCCGGAUGAGGCUGUGGGCAACAUUGAUACCCUCAAUUUCAAUAUCGGGGAUAAUGUAGUAGUUGAGCCACAGGAUGAUGAUAGAGGCAUAUCUACAGCAGCUGUCAAUCCUAUAUUCCAGGAUGACAAUGGAACAACCCGCCAAGGAAUAGCUAUGCCAGAAGGCACGACCAUGCUGUAAACCAAAACCACAAUCCUCAUUCCAGAAAGAUCAUCAGAGAGUGUUUAAUACUACCAAGCUAUGAUAUAGAUCAUUUUUAAGACAUUUACUUUCAAUUCAAAAUCACACAAAAUAGUUAAAUGGAAUGAGAUUUGCUAAUAGUUAUCACAGUACACCGUGUGUUGCCACAAUUUUGCUUAGACUUGCCAUGUACUCACAUUUUUGUAAAUUUGAUUGUGACUAUUCGAUUAAUUUUAAGUAAAGAGCACUAUAUUGAGAGUUACUGUGGCAACAACAUCUAAUAAAUAAAUGAAUAGUGCUCUCAUGUGACAGUGAUUACAGUCUAGAAAACAUCACUCAAGUCCAUAUCUAUGCAUAUCUUUAUACAAUGAAAAAUUAAAACUUCCAAAAGGUUCUGAGAUAUUGAGUGUGAAUGUGUUGUGUCUGCUCUGACCUCUUUUCAAACUCCCCACUAUGGGAAGAAAUGAAAAUCCAUAUACACCAUUUCAAAUUCAUGAUUUUAUAAAGAUAUUUUCUUUACUUUUCCAAAGAGUUAUGGAAAGAGGUCAAUUGUAGAAAGCCAGAAUGAUUGUUUGUGUGGUAUAUAAGUGGGAUGGGCAUGGGGGGUUGUAAUUAUACAUAUGUAUUCGUAUCAUAUAACCAGUCAACCUUCAAAAAAAUAGCAAAACCAAAUCAUUUUCUAAUUUGACCAAAUUUAGAUGAUCUUAAUAAAAUUUAAUUGCUUUGUUAAUCUUCAAUACUUUUUUGCUAGAACUAAAAAUGCCUGACAACAAUGAUGCUAGUUGUGACACCAUUAAAUCUAAUUGUUAUAGUCUUUAUUUGGAUUAUUUACUUAGUGCUUUAUAGAAUGGAAUCCUAUGAUUACCAAAAUUAUGCGCUUGGUUUUAUGAUUGUUGUGAUAUAUAUAUAUAUAUAUAGAAAUAUUACAGACAUAUUUUUGUAUUUUUAAUGAAUUUUCCAUGCCAUUGUGGAGCUGGAUUUAUGUCUCCAUAUUUUCUGUGCAUGUCUCUAUAUACAUAUCUUUAUCCGUUUUUCUCGUUAUAUCUGCAUUACGCAUAACAUUCCACGUUUUAAAUAAGUGUCACAAGAAUCUUAUGGUAGCCUGUCAAAAUUCUUUAUUAUCUGUGAGGGAUGUCAGGAAGUAAGGAUUUGCCAAUAUAUGACAUUUUGUAUUUUUUAUAGAAAAAACA